UUUCAAAAAUUCUCUCUCUCUCUCAGGUCACCGCCAAAUGAGCGAGAUCUACAAGCAGAUCAAGGACGUCAAAGUAUCAGACCGCUCGUUGAUCUGGAACAGCGACCUCGUAGAAACUUUGGAGCUCCAGAACCUUCUCAUCAACUCGGUUCAGAUCGUCGAAGGAGCGCUCGCGAGGGAGGAAUCACGUGGUGCGCACGCGCGUGAGGACUACAAAACUCGCCGCGACGAGUAUGACUACUCCAAGCCGCUGGACGGACAGACCAAACUACCUUUCGAGAAGCACUGGAGAAAGCACACGCUAGCGGAGACAGACAUCGAAACCGGCGACACCAAGCUCACGUACCGGCCCGUCAUCGACGCCACGCUGGACGGCGGCGAGUGCAAGACCGUGCCGCCCGUCAUCAGGACGUACUAACGCGCCCUCUAGGUAAUAUUGAUGUUGUCGGGUGCUGACUGGGCUGAUAAGUAUAUCGCAGGCACAAGCGUAUUCUGGCCUGGACCAACCAUGUUCAUUCGUUUAUUUAAAUGUCAUUUAUUUAUUACUUAGACUAGCCUCAUUAAGCGUUACGCAACCGCAAGAAUACUCCAUAAAUUAAAUAAUAAUCCUUGUUCCAAAGCUAUGUACAAAAUGUUAUGUGCCACUCGUGUUGUUACCAUUCUUGUUUAAAGGUUGUAUUCUCGUUAUUACCACAGUUGUAUACAUUUGUAUUGCUAUAGAAUGCAGCAUUUAUUAUGGUUUAAAUGUUAAUGACCUCAGCAGCACCGUAAGGUACUUAAAUGUAGUCUUUUAGAAAAAAAUGUGUCUUGUACAUUGUAAGUACCCAGAAUGAAUAUCAUUGUAAUCAUGGAUGUUUCCGUUUAGUAAUGUUAAUGACUAGUUAAUUAUGACUAAAUGAUAACUACAGCUUAAAAUCUUUGCUUGGAAAAGUGACAGCGUGAGAUUUGACUCUCGGUGAAAAAUCAGAAAAUAUAUUUUAUUUGCAUUUGCGAAAUCGAUAGCAAUUUUUAUCGUCUUGCUAAUGCAAAAAAUAACCCCACAAAAUCAAGAUGUGUCAUGUUGUAAUUUUAUUUUAAAGACAUGUUUGUAUAUAAAUAAUGCACAAUGCCAACAUACGUAAGUCUGUAUUUUUGUAGUUUUCAUUUAGUCGACUUUUUAUGAUAUAUUUUCUGUAACUCACGGAAUAAAACUACAAUAAUAUAAUGAUCUACAAUUGAUUUGAACAGGCACAUGUGAUAAUAAUAUGUAUAUUACUAAAUAUUUGAUAUUUUUAUGUUUAAAUUGUGUUCAGUAUUAAAAUGAAAUUAAAGAUCAUUAAGGUACAAUUUUUGUGUAGUUAUAAGCGUACUGAUGUGAAUAUAUGAACUGAUGCACACUCA